AUGGUCGUGUUAGUCUUUCCCUCCGGGAGGCCGUUUGCUCCUGCGCUCGCCCUACUGGGCCUGCUGCUCUGGCUCUGCGCGAUCUCGGGCACCCAUGCUGAGGAGACCGCCUUUUACAAGUCGAGACCCGAUCUCUAUCCUCUCAACCUGAAAAUCGAACGCAGCAACGCCAAAAAGCUGAGUCCUGGAUACUAUUUCAUCACGCCGUACUGGGAGGCGAAGAGCCCGGGCCCGUACAUAUUUGAUAAUGAAGGACAUCUCAUAUGGUGCGGCUGGGGUAAUUCGGGAGGCGGCGUUGCCCAUGGAAUGCAUGUGUGCAAAUACAAAGGCGAAGAUCACUUGUGUUUCUUCCAGGGCAAUCAGCAAAAGGGCUACGCUCGCGGGCAUGGUGUCAUUCUGGAUAAUCGAUACCGCAUCGUGCGGUCAGUGCAACCCGGUGGCGGAAUGUCCUCGAGCGACAUGCACGAGUUCCGGCCCAUCAACGACGGCAAGACGGCCUUGAUGACCGUCUACCAGCAGCGCCAGUUCGAUAUGACACCCUGGAACAUCAAGGCCGGCGUGGGCUGGGUAAUGGAGAGCGUGUUCCAAGAAGUCGAUGUGGAGACUAGCGAAGUAGUGUUUGAAUGGCACUCGCUCGACCACGUCGACCCUUCGAUGAGCUACACGUUCCCAGCGCAUACCGAUACUUCUGGUACUGGGUUGAAGGUCACCGAGCCGUGGGAUUAUUUCCAUAUCAACUCUAUUGACAAGAACGCCGACGGUGACUACUUGAUUUCCUCGCGCCACACCUGCGCUAUCUACAAGAUCUCCGGCAAGGAUGGCAGCGUAAUUUGGCGGCUUCAUGGCGCGGAUCCAUCAUUUAAGAAUAUCAACUUCAGCUUUUCGCAGCAGCACGAUGCGCGAUGGCUAUACGAGAAUGCGACGCACACCGUUCUUUCUCUGUACAACAAUGGUGACAACGGCUUUAACCAGACGCACGCUUUCUCUAGUGGUAUGGUUAUUCUUAUCGACCAUGUAGACAACACCGCCACGCAGAUCCGUGACUACGGGCCUCCUGGUAAGGAGAUGCAUAGCUCUAGUCAGGGCAAUUUACAACGCCUACCGAAUCAGAAUGUUGUGAUGGGAUGGGGCAACAAUCCCUUUAUAUCGGAACACACAGAGGAUGGCGAACUGGUGAUGUGGGCCCGGUAUACAUUCAGCAAUACGAUCAUGAAUUACCGGGCCCAAAAGUUUGAGUGGGACUCUGACCCAUCUGACUCUCCUGCCCUGUGGUCUUAUGCCAGGUCCCCCGAGCCCUCCUCUCCAACGAGCUUCUAUGUCAGCUGGAACGGCGCCACCCGCGUCAAAACCUGGCGAUUUUACGGCGCGGCAAACAUGACAGGCCCCUAUACGUUCCUGGACGAGGUGAACAAGACAGGGUUUGAGACCGAGUACACCAAUGCUAGCUUCUACACCUGGACCAAGGUGGAAGCGAUAGACCGCAAUGGUGACGUUCUCCGUACCUCACAUCGCAAGUAUACUUUUGUCCCCUCACCGGAGCUACGCGAGUCCUGUCGCAAGAAGACCUGUCUGGAUGCGCCCUCCUUCGGCUUCCCUGGCGAAGACGGCGCCACUUCUACUAUUCCGCCGGCGAAUGUUAACACCGUUCCCUGGGUCGAUCCCGAUAACCCAGAGAUCUGGUCGCAGCCGUCGAACAUGCCGAAACACACUACGGACGAUCAUUAUGAGAACUGGUCUAUAGGCCAUCCGACCUUUCAUGCUGGUUUGCUUGCCGGAAGCGCCAUGAUCUUGGUGCUGAUCUCCAUCACGGCAGGCGCUAUAUAUGGCAUCCGCUACUGCCGGAAGCGCCAGCAGCAUUUCAUCAAUCUACAUGACGAAGCUGCUGAGCCCUUGAAUGGCAUGGCCGAGCGAAAGUCCUCCCCACCACGGACAGACAACAUGCCCUGGUGGCACUGGCGCCGGUGGACCGGAGAGGACGAGGAGCCGCAUUACUUCCCGCUGUCGGAGAUCAGUGAACGGGAAUAG